UUCAGCCGGCCGCUCCCUGGGGACCCGCAGGUGUCGCUGCCCUUCCAGGCCGGAGCUGGCCCAGGAGGCCCCUGGCCCACCCCCUCACCCUGGGAGGCGCAUUUCCUGCUUGGAAUCUCAGGCCCCAGCGUCUGGCACAGGCUGGGGGCGGCAGAGCUGAGGGUAGUGGACCAGCUGCAGGAAGCCGGGGCGGCCACCAGAUAAGCCUCUACCCCGCCACUUCCUUAAGGCCCGCGGCCGUUUAUGGGAGGACCCGAGACAUUUGCAUCGGGGCCCUGCGGAGGGGCCGCUUCCCGGUCUGAGGGACGAGGCCGCGACCAGGCCCCGGCCCUGGGGCAGCCUGGGCCACACCCCGCGGGACUCCCAGGGGGGAGGGCGACCUGUAUGCGGAGCGCCGUUCCUGCGCCAUGGACCGCGGCCAACCCAGCCUGGAGCCUGCUGCCGCGGCCCCCCAAGCCUCGGGCCGGUGCGUGAUCGCGCCGGUGCGCGCCGUGCUCCGCCUGCGCCGCCCGGUGUGCGUCCUACGCAAGCGGCGCCUCCUGCAGCUGGGUGGGGGGCCCGACGUCGGGACCCGGGUGCCCAGGCCGGGCUGCAGCCCCCCGGCGCCGCGCAGGGACCUAGACCAGCCGCAGUUCUUCACCUUCGACGGCCCCGCGGAGCUGCCCUCCAGGACGCCACGCAAGAAGCGCCGGCGCAGCCGCCUGGUGCUUUACCCAGAGACCUCGCGCAAGUAUCGGCCACGCGUGGAGCACAGGAGCCGCGCGCAGUGCUGCCUGCUGCUGCUGGUCGCCAUCGUGGGCUUCCAAGUUCUCAACGCUAUCGAGAACCUGGACGAUAACGCGCAGCGCUAUGACCUCGAUGGACUGGAGAAGGCGCUGCAGCGCGCGGUGUUCGGCCAGCCCGCAGCCAUAGCGCGCAUCGUGGCGCUGAUGCGGGACUACCUGGCCACGCACGUGCACAGUCGUCCGCUCCUCCUGGCGCUGCACGGGCCCACUGGCGUGGGCAAGAGCCACGUGGGCCGCCUGCUGGCGCGCCACUUCCGCUCGGUGUUGGAGGACAGCUCGCUCGUGCUGCAAUACCACGCGCGGCACCACUGCCCCGAGGGGCGCGCCGCACAAGACUGCCGGGAGGAGCUGGCUCGGCGCGUGGCCGACGUGGUGGCGCGGGCCGAAGCGGAGGAGAAGACCCCACUCUUGGUGCUGGACGACGUGGAGCUCCUGCCGCGGCCGCUGCUGGACGAGCUGCACGGCUUCCUGCAGCCGCAGCGCUCCCACCACUUCCACAACGCCAUCUACGUGCUCCUAAGUGGCGCGGGUGGCUCCGAGGUCACGCGCUUCGUGCUGCAGAAUGCGUCACGCGCGCUGCCCCUGCCCCCCGACGGCAUCCGCAGUGCUGAGGCCGCAGCGGCACAGGUGGAAGAGGACCUGCGCGCAAGCCUGUGGGCUCUGCUGUCCCGGGAGCAUCCGCUGUGGCAGGCCGCGGCCAUCGUGCCGUUUCUGCUGCUGGACAAGCGGGAUGUGGUCAGCUGCUUCCGGGACGAGAUGGCAGGCGAGGGUUUCUUUCCUGACCAGGCCCGGGCGGAGGACCUGGCCGCACAGCUCAGCUUCUACCGCGUAGCUGGCCACGAGUUUGCUGUCACUGGCUGCAAGCAGGUGGUGGCCACGGUGAACCUCCUGUAGUGGAGGUGCAGGACGGGACGUUUGGGUUGAUGGCGGCAGUAGGAGGGCGACCAGGGACCUUGUGGGCUGGUGCAGGCCCCUGAGG